AUGGAUGACGUCGUCGCCGCCUCGAGCACGACGACGCUGAAGACGGACGUCUACGCCCUCGCCGCGUGCUCAUCCAGGGGCGAGCGAGCGACAUCGACGCAGCGUGAGAACAUGCGAGUUUUAGUCGGCGCGCUGGAGAACCCGACGGCGUCGCCGGCGACGUCGGAGCUCCUGAGCGGGGCGUGGGAGCUGGUGUACGAGGAGAGCGGGCACCCGUUUCGAUCGUCUCCCUUCUUCUGGGCGGUCGGAAAGCUCCUGGCGGACAGUGCGAACUUCUUUUAUGACGCACACGAGCACCAGACGAGCAUGUUCGGAGGUGGAUGCGGCACGUGCCUGCAAAUGAUCGACGGGAAGGCGGAGACACUGACUUCGGACGUCAUCGUCAAAGCGUCAUUUGGCGUGCCCUUGCUCGGCUUUGCCCCUCUCGUUUCGGCUUGGGGGUCGGUCAUCACGAAGGGAAAGAUGCGUGUGGUAGAUGAGAACACCGUGGCGGUCCCACUCGGGUCUCUCACGACGACUGUUCGCCAAGAUGACACCUCCAUUUUGCCGGCGUUUAACUUCUUAAACGGAACCACUGUCCCUGUCGGCGACGUCAUGGGUCGUAUCGCCGACGCUCAAGACGAGGUUUUCAUGCGCAUCACCUACUUAGACGACGACAUGCGGAUUUCCGAAAUCGAGGACGGCACCACGCUCGUCUACCGUCGCAAGAUGUGA